AUGGUGCCUCAGCCUCGUGUGCAGGUUGUCAAGCAGCAUUUGAUUACCCCAUCAGAACCCACACCUAUUCACCAAAAACGUGUGAAGCUAUCAGACUGGGAUGUGGUCAUGUUCAAAUCCUACACGCCUCUGUUGCUUUUUUAUCCUAACAAAGACAACACGCCAAACUUCAUGGACACUCCAACCCUGAAAAGCGCACUUGCCAAAGUUCUGGUCAGCUUUUAUCCUUUGGCCGGCCGACUGCUUGACAUUGGCAACGGCAGAGACGUGAUCGAAUGUACGGACACCGGUGUGUUGUUCGAGGAAGCCGUCUACAACGACCGCCUCGAACGCUUCAGAGCAAAAGGAUAUUUGCCGACCCAGAUCGACUACCACCACAUGUUCCCUGUUCAUUUCUAUAGCUCGCCAGACGACCCACUCUUGGCCAUCAGACUCAUACGAUUUACAGACGGCGGGGUUGCGCUGGCCAUCAUGAUGCUCCACAAAAUUGCCGACACUUACUCAACCAGUCUGUUUCUCGAUUGUUGGGCAAAAACUGCCCGGGGCGUCGAUUACACAAAGCCUAGCUUCAAACGCGACCUGGUCAAGUGUCCGGACAACACGGUUAUCGGACCCGAGUCUUUGGAACACUAUCGACAAGAGCAUCGUACGACCAAAGACCCACUCCAGAUGCAGAUCUUACCCAGCCGCAGGAACCUAGAGACCACAACGCACAACAGAAGCCGAUCUCUUUUGGACACUCACAUAAAGCUACAGCCAACCAAUAUCGUCAAGCCUCCUCCACUCAAGAGUGUCUUGCUUGAGUUUUAUUCGGACGGUCUGCAGGCCUGUAAAAAGGACGCCCACACACCCGAAAUGAUCCAGGCAAAACAGUGGCUGUCGACAAAAGAUGCGCUGUUUGCUAUGCUUCUUAGAGCACUAGCCCGGUCACGCCAUGUCGAUGACGAUGAAGAAAUCAAGUGGGUUGUGUCAGUGAAUGGGCGCUCACGUAUGAAGAACAGCAAGGAAAUGAAUUUUUAUUUUGGAAACUGGAUGAUGCAAGUAGUUACUCGAACCUUGGGAAUCACAAAGAAUAGCCUAGAAAAGACAUCGUUGGUAGACACGGCUUGCAAUUUUCGACAAAUGAUGGCCAAUCUCAAGGCAUCCGUAUUUCAUGGUCUGAGUCAACUGUACACUACCCAUGAAGACAUGACUGUCCACUACCUGUCCUACCAGCCCAAUACACCCACGCACCACACCGUCAGUGAUGUGUCGAUGCUUCCGUUCUGGCGCCUGGACUUUGGGUUUGGGGGUCCUGAUCGCACGCGCGGAUACAUCACAUUUGGUGGAAACGGGUGCUUGGUUUUGUUUGGAAGAAGUGAAAAUACAAAGGGUCCAAUAUAUGAUAUCCAGUUACAGAUGGAUGAACAGUCUAUGAGGAAGUUUAUAGAGGAUCCAGACAUAGUCAAGUAUACCCAUGCAGUUAUUUACUGA